AGCAAACGAGGUCGUUUGACCGAUCCUCUCUCUUCGAGCCCGCCGGUGCCGUCUUCAAGCGCUCGUCCAUCCUCGCGACUUCGAUCAACUGCGAUUUCUUCGUGCCGGCGACCGAAAUGAGCAGUCAAGCGGAACCGAGCUUGCUCGCAGCUGCGGCUGAAGCUGCGAGCAAUCUCUAUCGCGUCCGGGACACCUACUUCCCCUCCAAUCCAGAAGACAAGCUCUCGAAGUUGCUCGACGAAUCGAACUCGGCGCUCAAGCUCCUCGAUUCCAUUCCUCCUGAAAAGAGAAAAUUGCCUCUACAACGAGCAACAUACGAAUAUCUAAGAGGAAAGAUAUUGGAUGUAUUUCCUGACUAUAAGAAAGAAGCAGAAGAACAUCUCUCGAAAGCUGUUAAGUUGAAUCCAUCUCUUGCAGAUGCUUGGUUAUGUUUAGGUAACUGCAUUUGGAAGAAGGGAGACCUACCCUCAGCAAAAAAUUGCUUCAAUCUCGCAUUAAGCAAGGGUCCAAACAAGGAGAUUCUAUGUCAACUAUCAAUGCUUGAAAGGAAAAUGGCUCAAGGUUCUGAUAACCAAGCAGAAAUUGUUGAAGAAAGCAUAAAGCAUGCAAAAGAAGCUAUUGCUUUGGAUGUGAAGGAUGGGAAUUCCUGGUAUAACCUUGGAAAUGCAUGCCUCACUAGUUUUUUCGUGACUGGAGCCUGGGAUCUUAGCAAACUUCAUCAGUCUUUGAAAGCAUAUCAGAAUGCUGAAAAAGAUGACAGAAUGGAAUCCAAUCCAGACCUAUUUUUCAACUGUGCUACUGUAAAUAAGUACCUAGAGAACUAUGAAAGGGCCCUUACUGGAUUUCAAGCUGCUGCGCUAAAGGAUCCUGGUCUGAAUGCAUCUGAGGAGGUUGAGAAGAUAGUCAGUCUUCUUGACAAGCUAGAGAAUUUCUUGAAGGUACACGCCAAAGGGAAACGACUUGCGUCUUUUGCAUCAUCGCUGGCUUCUGCCAAUUUGAGUUCCUCCCACAAAAAGUCGCAUGUGGAUCUUCUAUUUGAGGGUCUUAACAAAGCAAUAGCCAUUGUUGGAAAGGUGCUAUUCUUCAUAAAGCAUGAUAACGUUUCUCCCCUGUAUUAUUUAGCAUGUGAUUCAAAUCAGACGUGUUUUAUCCUUUCAGUUUAUGGCAUACGGAAUGACAUGAUUAAAGAAGGAGAUCAACUGAUGCUCUUGGAUCCUUAUUACCAUCACGUUGAUUUUACUUGGAGUGGGAAGACUUACCAGUUCAGAUCAAUCCGUGUGGAUUUCCUUCAACAAUUGCUUGUGAAUGGAAAGCCUUUGCCACCAGGCCAGGCAGUCGGAACGUCCUUCCUUGCACAGCACAAACCGUGAACAAUUAGUAUCAAGUGCCUGGAUCUUACUGAGUUGUGGGCGUCUCUUGAUUUUCCUGGCCUGGGUUGUUUGCAUAGCGUCUAGAGGGAUACAAGGAUGAACCAGUAAGUUGAAAAUGAAGAGCGAAAUCAGCGAGUUGUUGCUCAUAUCCGCUACCAAUGCACCAAAUGAGAACCAAAUGUAAUGCGGAUUCAUUUUUUGAUGGUGCAGCUUUGAUCGUCAAGUGGGUGUUCCUUGUGUGUGUCUUCUGCCUAGGGGAGAUUGUAUCUUAGAUUGCAUAUAACAACAAUAGUCUCCAUAUUGUAAAAUGUAUGAUUUUUGGGUCAGAUUGCAAAUUUAUGCGUUGGUCACUCUUUCUGC